CCCUACUUUGUCGGCAAUCUGGCAACUUGGCUUGUCAGCGUCUCUCGUGGACGAGUUCACACCGCGUGAACUAGAUGGGCAAGGCGUCGCGACGUCAGUGUUGUGACAGGGGGCCGUGCGCACGAUGGCCGUCGCCGUUCAGGGGCAGCGUCCCAUGUGACAUGAAGUGCCGCCCCUUUGUCGGCCUCAACCUCAGCCUGCGGCUGCUUGUGAUCGGCUACGUGCUGGUGGUGGUGUUUUUCUCGGUGCUGUCGCUGCACCAGAUGAAAAAGGGCGCCCCGACGCCCGCCGAGAAACAGGCAAGAGCGACGCUGCGGCCGCCUUCUAUACCGCGCCGCCUGAUCAGCAGCUUCGAAAGGGGCCCGUUCCGGCCGCUGCGCCGCUGGCGCAUCGAAUGGUGCGCCCAGCUGCAGUUUAUGGGGGCGCAGCCCGGCCGUCCAGUGGCGCUCGUCAGUUUCCCCGGCAGCGGCAACACUUGGCUGCGCUACCUGCUCCAGCAAGCCACUGGCUACCUGACAGGCUCCGUCUACAACGACUUGGGCCUGUCGAAGAACGGGUUCCCGGCUGAGGGCGUGGUCAACCGGUCGGUGCUGGUGGUGAAAACGCACGAGUACGGCAGCGACACCCACCGGCAGUUCGACAAAGCGCUGCUUUUGGUGCGCGCGCCGCAGCAGGCCAUCCAGGCGGAGUUCAAUCGGCAGAGUGGGGGGCACAUCGGCUUCGCCUCGCCCGAUCGCUACGCGCGCUCCGAGGGCAAGUUUUGGCAGCGCUUCGUCGCUCUCAAUCUGCGCAACUGGGAACGCCUGAAUUUGGACUGGCUGCGCAACUUCCCCGGCCCCACCCACGUGCUCACCUACCAGCAGCUGGUCAACGACACUGAGCACGCCCUCAAGGGCGUGCUCCAAUUUCUGGGCGUGGCCGUGCCGCCGCGCCAACUGCAAUGCGCCCUCGAGCACAAGGAGGGGAUUUACAGGAGGCGGAGCCGCGUGCGGCGCUUAGACCCCUUCACGGCCGAGAUGCGGGCGCAGCUGAAGGCCGCGGAGCGGCGCGUGUUCAGCGCCAUCUCGCCAUCGACUAAUAAACGAACUUAGCCAGGAGGGUUUUUUAA